AUGGGAUUGAUAUUUUCAUCUAUUUUUGCUCGGUUGUUCUCAAAUAAAGAAGUCAGAAUCUUAAUCUUAGGUUUAGACAAUGCAGGAAAAACUACCAUAUUAAAUAGAUUACAACUAGGGGAAGUAGUUCAAACAAUACCUACUAUUGGUUUUAAUGUGGAAACAGUAAAUUAUAAAAAUUUGAAAUUACAAGUAUGGGAUUUAGGAGGACAGUCAUCCAUUAGACCAUAUUGGAGAUGUUAUUAUAAAAAUACGAAUGCAAUUAUAUAUGUUAUUGAUAGUUCAGAUAGUGAAAGAAUAAAUAGUACAAAAUAUGAAAUUAAUAUGAUAUUAAAAGAAAUAGAUUUAGAAGGUGUCCUCUUAGUUAUUUUUGCUAAUAAGCAAGAUAUACAAAAUGCUCUUUCUAUUGCUCAAAUAUCAAAAGAUUUAAAUUUAACAUCAAUAAGAGAUAGGCAAUGGGCUAUUUUUAGUACAAGUGCUACAAAAAAUAUUGGUAUUACUGAGGCAUUAGAUUGGCUAGUCAAUAAUAUAAAAUAA